UGUUAUCAUCAGCCGUAACAGCUUACGCACUAUACCACGACAAAAACACGACUCUGUAGGUGGUAAGUGUCUUUUUUUAACUUUGUGUCUCCCACGCAUCAGUUUAAGGGGAAAGGAAGGGAGCCACUGAUGCAAAUUUUGAGGGUAAGAGUGUGUUUUAUGUCUAUAGCUCCCCGGUGGAAAUUAACUUGGGUUCAAAAGAGGAAAAAGAAAUAAUGCCUGUUUGUUGUUCGCUUUCAUGUGGUAUGAAGUUAAGAUCAUGAAAGGUUAAAGAAAAACAUUUCAGCUAAAAUUAGCACCAGGAGCGCCGUGAAUAUUCACACAUGACAUUAGGUUAUGCAAAAAAAAAAAAAAAACAUUUCGGUUACAUAUCCACAAAUAAGUCAGCGUUUGUGUAGAUGUUUCCUAUUUGUGAAAUUACAUCCUGCUUUACGGUUUUAUCCUGCAUCCGUCACGCUCCAUUUCCAUGUACCGUUCUUUGAGUUGAACCUUCGCUCCCAGAUAAUGUCCCAGCUCCACCCACUAAUGAGCUUACAGAGCAAUUUGGGACAAAAUCAGAUUCAGAGAUGUGAGGGAGUUUAUUUUUUCCCCCUUCCUUUGCUGCUUCACAUGUCUGCGGACCAGCCUUUUGGCACCGGGUGUCUCAUGGUAGGAUUGGAAAAGCAGACUCUGCUGGAAAUCUGUGACCCUCGGCACGAUCAGGAGCGCGAAAUAUGACCGCUGUGCCGAUUUCCUGGCCCGUUCCAAUGAGGGCUAUCGGAGCUCAGAAUCUGCUGACCAUGCCUGGAGGUGUUGCCAUUUCUGGGUAUUUACACAAAAAGGGGGGAAGCCAGUUCAGCCUGAUGAAAUGGCCUCUGCGCUACAUUAUAAUCCACAAAGGCUGCGUCUACUAUUUCAAGACCAGCACGUCUGCCACACCACAGGGAGCGUUCUCGCUCAACGGCUACAACAGGGUCAUGCGGGCCACAGAGGAGACCACAUCCAGCAACGUUUUCCCCUUUAAGAUCGUACACUUCAGUAAGAGGCACCGUACGUGGUUUUUUUCAGCAGCCAGUGAGGAUGAGAGAAGGAAAUGGAUGCGUUAUCUGCGGAAAGAGAUCGGACACUAUAACGAUAAGAAAGAUUCACUUGACCCAAGUGACUCUGACUCAGAUGAAAGUUUCUACGGUCCUAUCGAGAGUCCGAUGGAAAUCACCAGUGCCCAUGAUGACCACGAAGGAGACUAUGGGGAACAGAACGAUGAAAGCGAUGAAGACGAGUAUCUCUUGCCUGAUGGGCCACCAGUUCAGACCAAGGUGCCACCUCCAUCUUACCCUCCUCCACCUGUGCCCUACCAUCCCAAAGGCCCUGCACCACCAGUACCCCAUACACCCAUGAAAGCACCACCGAGCCCCAUGCACAAGAAGCCAUCAGUCCCAGUUCCGGGCCCACCCAAACACUGUGACGCUGUGAGUAAAGGCCCUCCUCCUGGCCUACCAGGCCCUCCUCCUCCUCCACUACAGAAACCACCAUUUCACAGAAAGACAGUUGUGCCGGUUCCUUUUCCUGUGUGCCAGAAAAAGACUGUAGCUGGGAGCGUGUCUGUAUCCACUCUUCCAGGAUAUGAGAGAAAGCUAUCUCCUGCCAUGGUCAUAAACAACCCGUCGACUCUACAUAUCUGCCAAGACCUGGGAAACAAACUGGUGCUGAACUCCAGUUCACAGAACCUGAGCAGUUCACCAAGUGACAGAAAAUUCAAACCUCCGCCCAAGUGUCCGCCACCAACAAUGAAGCCCAAACUGAGUCCGUCAUUCUUACAAAGAUCGUCGCCUGAUGGCCAAAGUUUUCGGUCUUCAGUAGAAGAGAAGCCCUUGAGGAAGCCUGUCCUAUCAAACCAGGAUGAAGAUUCUGACGAUGACUACGAAAAUGUACAGUUGCCUGACUCUGUCUUUUUGGAAACGACCGAGACGAGUACUGUUGAAAAAAUAUAUAAAGAGACGUAUAGCUGUCCGCCGGAUGGCCUUUACUGCAUCCGAAACUCAGGAACAAAGACCUCAAAGGUGCUUGUUGUGUGGGAUGUGAGUCUGAACAAGGCGAGAAACUACAGACUGUUUGAAGAGGAUCAUAUUGUGUACUUGGAGUCAGACUUGACCUUCCCUUCUGUAGCGGCUCUGGUGGAGCACUACUACAGCAACCCCCUGCCCAACCACGGCUCUCUGUGCUUACAGCAGCCCUUCGGCUACACGCCACCCAGGUGAUCCCGUCCUCCUUUUCCCCACCGUGGACUGCGACCUUCGUAUUCUCAUCUCCUCUCGUAGCCUCUGCUCCCCCUGUUGGCUAUAGCGGCUCACUACAGCUGAUAAUCAGCUAUAAGGACAAGGAAGGCUUGCCAGUGAGAUCGCAAAUAUGGACACCAGUACGUGGAUGCAUCUUUUAGCUGCCAUCGGACUAAAGCGAACUUAGCCAUUGGGGAGAUUUAUCUCAGCUGAAGUGGAUGCCGGUCUCGCUCAGCUGUGCUUGAUCCAGAAAUGCUGGGGAUCGUGUAACUAUUCAUACCUCUGCACAGCCAUUAUGCACUUAUGUACAAUCUGCAAUCUAACACAAACAGGUCAUAAAAGCAAAUGUCUUAUCAUGAUGGAACAGUGGGAUGUUAUUUAAACCUCUAAUCUGAGUAUAUUUUUUAAUUAACACCAUUCAGUUUUUCUAAAGGUGCUGGACUUAAGUGAAUGUGUAAGAUCAACACUGGAGAAGUGAUUGUGUAGUUUUAACUAGGUUGUGACAUUGUCUAAUGCACCAACAUAGUUUUUGAAAGUUUCGAAUGUGUAAAUUAUAACCCAAAAAAUGUUGGGGUAGUGGUGGAUUGAAGUGAGGUACAGUAGUUGAAGCUUUGGGUUCUUGAUCACAGCGUUCGGGGUUCGAGCCCCGAUGGGUUGCUACUGUUGAACCAAGGCUGAGAAGUGGGUCCCAUUAACAUAAAGGAUGAUCAUUGAGAAUGGUGUAGAGUGGACAGUGAAAUUCCAGACCAAGAUUGGGAUGCCUGACCAUUCGAACCAUGGCCUACACCCAAUUGAUGACAAAAAAAAAAAAAAAAAGUUGCAAAUACAACCUCAAAACAACAGAAUAUGAAUAUUUCCUUAUAGUAUGUAUGCUGUCUGUUCACACAAUGUCCAACCCAUGAAGUGCAUCAUGACUUCCAAACACAGCAAAACACAUGCUAGUAUAAAUAAAGGUGACAUAAUCAGUGACCAUUUUAACCAUAUAGGCAUGUCACACUGGUGGAUCAGUGUUAGAACACUUAGUUAGAACUCACUGACCUGAGUAGCGUUCAAGGCGUAUUCUGUGCAACAGCUUUGUUGCUGAAAAUAAUAAAACCCGGCACAAGAAUUUCAAAAAUGUUUUUUUUCGAACCCUAGUAAUGUUUCGAUGUUGUUUUUGCAACUUUUUUAGGGAGUCAUUAGUUCUAAGUUAUCUCAGCGUCUCAACGUCUAUAAAGUAAUUCUGACUUUCAAAAGUAGCCUAAUACUAACGGUGUUCUAAUGUCCAUACCGCUGCCAAAUUAAGGUUGCCACAACAUUUUGAUGACUAAAAAUUCCUGCCGGGAAGAUUAAUGAAUGAAAACACCACUGUGUAGAUGGUGUAACCACUGACUUGGGACGAUAUACUGUAUGUUCCAGGUAAAAUUACUACAUUUCUUGAUGUAAGAAUGUAUUUUAAAAUAUUACUUAAGUUUUUUUAUGUCAGAAAAAACAAAGCAGGAGUGUGCAAGUGUAAGUGUUGUGUUGCGUAAUACAUAUAUAUCUGUGUACAAAACUGUAAGCAUUAUCAUUUCUGUACAUUUUUUCCUAUUCUAUAUUUUUUACCUGUAUUUUAUUACUUGUGGAAAAUGCACAUAUGUAAAUUAAACCGCUCUUUGUUUCAUUGUUAAAUUAUAUUUUUUACCCUGGUAGGCCAUGAGUGCUACUGGAAAGGAAAAUAAAGAAUUGUUAAACUGUU